AUGGAGCAUAGGAGGAUGCAGCUGAUGAGGUGGUGGCAGACGUCACAGAUCAGGCAUGUGAAGCUGCUGAGAGCAUGGCUGAUUAGGUGGAAGCUGAAGAGGCUACAAAUCAGGGAUCUCCUGCUGGCAUUUCGGAGCUUUUGGCAAAAGCCAAGGUCCCUCUUGAGGGACUUCGGGCGUAUUCUGGAUUUUUCGGAGAACGCUUAG